GAACUUGGAUGCAUAUAUUCCAUAUAAAAGAUAGUAGUUGAAAGAGUUCAGAGGUUUCGAUUAGAAACUGUUGCCUACACAAAUAUUGUACAACUCUGUUUCAGCGAAUAUUUAUGUUUGGUUAAUGGAGAAGUACUAUUUGAGAUCAUCAGAUUACUUAAGAGUUACAUGUAAAAUUCAGGUUUGUCUGGUAAAUCCUAAGUUUCACCAACAUUCGAGCUUACGAUAACAUAUAUGUAUAUAAACACACUACGUGCCUUUGGGAUCAUUUUGAGUCGAAAAGUUCAAAUAAUCGUGGGUCCGAUCUGCAACGGUUUGUGAAGAAAAUGCUCCGCACUCACUUUGCUGUGUUUGAGAAAUUAGGAAUGUUGGUAUUCCUGUGGGAAUGGUGGAAAACCGCGCUUUAUUGAGUUAUGAAAUGUACAAGAACUAAAAUGAACAGAGGAAUUUCAAAUUCAGAAGGAAGAGGUACUGGUCAAGCUCGAGGCAGAGGUGACUGGCAAUCACAAGGAAGAGGUUUCAGGCAUCCUCGAGGCAGAGAUGGCUCACAAUCACAAGGAAGAGGCAAGGGGUUUCGAGGAAGGUGGAAUUGGUUCAAUAAAAAGUCUCAUGAACAGACUUCAAAUAGGCAUACUAAUAUGCAUACGUUGUCCAACAGAUCAAUUAUACCAUCUUCCUUAUCUCAAAACAGUCAGCCACAAAUAAUUGAUUUUUUCCAAAACAUACCUAGCCCUUAUGAAGGCUGGAAGUUAUAUUUUCCACAGGAAGCAUACAAAGAAGGUUCAACAACUGUUAAUAAAGUGCAAGCAAUGGAAAAAUUCAUUAACAGGAACAGUUCCGUGUAUUCAUACUCUGUUGUAGAGGAAAGAAGAUCUUUCUCUAUUGACCUCAAAAAUCUAAAGAGUGAUAAUGAUUUCACUUCAGAAUGGGCAACUUUUGAGGAAGACUUAAGUGAAUGUCCUGAACAGACUAUAAAUUGCUUGGGAUUAGCAAUGCAUCAAGUAGUUUUAUCAGCAUUGCAGAGUGAAGUGAAGUCGCAACUACAGGAUGAAGAAGUAGUGCCCCCCAUAGUUUUACCCAGUGUCAGAGCUCGAAUUAUGAAUUUUGAGCCUAUAACACAAUUAAAGAAUCUGAAGGCUGUAUAUUUUGGAAAACUUGUCUCUGUACGUGGCACAAUAAUUCGGGUUGGAAAUAUUAAAUUAUUGUGUGUCUGGAUGGCUUUUCAAUGUAAUACAUGUCUUGCACUGCAAUGUGUGAAGCAGCCUGAAGGCUGCUUCACACAGCCAACUAAGUGUAUCACUGAAGGCUGUCGUGCCAAAUCUUUCACCCCACUCCAUACUUCCCCGUUCACUCAGACAAUUAAUUGGCAGUCAGUUAGACUGCAAGAGAUAGUUUCUGAUGAUCAGCGUGAGGGUGGACGGGUGCCACGCACCGUUGAAUGUGAACUUACAGAAGAUUUACUAGAUUCUUGUAUCCCUGGAGAUGUAGUCACAAUUACUGGAAUUGUCAAGGUUCGGAACGGGGAGGAAUACAAUAAAAAGAAAGUCACAAAUAUGUUUGACAUGUAUAUUGAAGCUGUUUCAGUUGUGAACAGCAAGAAUGAAAGUCACACAGGCUGCACUAAAGGUACGGGGAUUGAAUUCAACAUAAAAGAUUACUACGCUAUUCAGGAGAUCCACUCUCAGCCAGAUCUCUUCAGAUUCUUGGUAAAUUCGUUGUGUCCAACGAUAUAUGGACAUGAAACGGUAAAGGCUGGACUUCUGCUAGCUCUGUUUGGAGGCACAUUACAUCAUACAGAUGGGCGAUCAGACCCGCACGUUCUAGUGGUGGGUGAUCCUGGUCUAGGGAAGUCACAGAUGCUUCAGGCAUGUGCCAGUAUUGCUCCAAGGGGAGUGUAUGUAUGUGGUAACACCAGCACCAUAACAGGUCUCACAGUUACACUUACAAGAGAAGCUGGUGGCAAUUACACCCUUGAAGCUGGUGCUCUAGUUCUGGCUGACCAAGGCUGUUGCUGCAUAGAUGAAUUUGAUAAGAUGACAAACCAACACCAGGCAUUACUAGAAGCCAUGGAGCAGCAGAGUAUCAGUAUUGCUAAGGCUGGUGUAGUAUGCUCUCUACCAGCGAGAACCUCCAUAUUAGCCGCUGCCAAUCCAACUGGUGGCCACUACAAUCGUGCUAAAACAGUGUCCGAGAAUCUGCGAAUGGGUCCAGCACUUCUGUCCCGGUUUGAUUUGGUGUUUAUAUUACUAGAUCAACCAAAUGAACAACUGGAUAGCCUCUUAUCAGAGCAUGUGAUGGCGUUACAUUCUGGCUUCAGGCGGAGGGGAGAGGCGCGGCAACAGUCGGGCACCGCGUCAGACUGCGGUGGUGAAGAAACUGAACGUCCUCUAUAUGAAUGGCUCAAGUUGCGCCCUGGCGAAACCAUGGAUUUCUUACCUCACCAGCUUUUUCGUAAAUACCUCAUGUACGCUAGGAAAUAUGUGCGGUCUCGACUGACUCCACCGGCUGCCAGCGUCUUGCAGAAGUUUUAUUUAGAUCUGCGCCGUCAGCAUCAAUCAAAUGACUGCACACCCAUCACUACUCGUCAGCUAGAAUCUCUAAUCCGUCUUACCGAAGCAAGAGCUAAGCUGGAGCUACGAGAAGAAGCUACAGAGAAGGAUGCACAAGAUAUAGUAGAGAUUAUGAAAUACAGCUUGGUGGACACACUCAGUGAUGGUUUUGGUUGUGUUGAUUUUCAGCGUUCACAAAAUGGUUCAGGUAUGUCUAGCAGAAAUCAAGGAAAGAGGUUUAUCACCGCAUUACAACAACGUGCCAAUGCACAGUCCCGUUCAGUGUUUUCUGUCCAAGAACUGAAAGAAGUGGCUGAGUUAGCUAGAAUUAAAGUUUCAGACUUUUAUGGUUUCUUGUCCACAUUAAAUGUGCAAGGAUUUCUCUUGAAAAAGGCUCCUAAACUAUAUCAACUUCUUACUGUUGACUAUUGAUUUGUUAAAAGUAUCCAGGAAGCAUAAGAAAAAGUUAAUUUUGCAGUUAUGUAUUCUUAUAUUUGUAUUAAGUUUCAUUAAUAUUCACAGUUACUGAAAUUUGUGAAUAUCAGUGUGAAGCCUUUGCAGAUAGUAGGUUUAUCCAACAUCUGAUAUGGAACUGAGCAUAAGUGAAAAAAUGCAUUAUUAUUCUAUGGUAAAAUACAGACUGUCUUCCGAAAGGAAGACAGUCUGUAUUUUCUCAGAAGGCCUGGUUUGCCAAAGCAAACCAGGCCUUCUGAGAACUAUGCUAUUGCAAAAGCUGAUUAAUACCUAAAUGUCUUCUGGGAUCUUGCAAGGCAAUGUAAACAGUAUGCAUCUCUAAAACAUUGGUAAGUUUCUGCAAGAGUACACAGCACAGCAUCCCAGAAGAUGGUUGUCUUCAUACUUGCUACUGUCACAACCUGAAAUCUCACCCAAUAUGGAACAUUUCAAAGUUUAUGGUUUUGCCUUUCAAGUGAAUUUUGUGACUGUAUGAGGUCCAGUGCUGUAAUAAUUAAGAAGACAAAUAAAUGAAACAGUCAGUAAGCAGCGGUGUAACUUUGGUUGCUUGUAGACCAAAAUAAAACUGCUAAUGGCCUCACAAGCCUGGAAAAACACUUGCCAUGCACCAUGGACGGCUGAGUGUCUGGAUGGACAACAUUAUCUGUUCUGAAAGAGUGGCACAGUGAAUUUCUAGAAGGCAGCUCACUCAGUGGCAGUUUGUAGUAUCACGGAAUGAAGACAGUAUCAAUCAGAUGUGCACUCAAAUCCACUUUCAAAGAAAGUAAAAAAUUUUGUUAGUAGUUGCUAUACUUUCCUUGGUAAGGAUCUGAAAUAAGAACAACGCAAUUACCAUAUGACAUAUUUCAAACAACUGUAAAGAUACUGGCAGAAGCGUACAGAAUAUGGCUCCUAUUACAAAACUUAAAGCUGCUACGUAAUAAAACAGUAUAAAGGAACCUCAUAUCGAGUGUUAGGCUUGUCGGGGAAGAAAUGACAAAGGAGACGUAAAUAUAAAACUAGUCGUACAUUUGUUAUCAAUCAUAUUUAAUUUCCAUCCCAACAAAGAGCUUACCCGACUGGAGCCAGUGUAUGGGUUGUAUGACAGCAAAGAUUCAGCUAUACAUCUAAAUCUAAAUUAACACUACAUACCUCAAUUGUAUAUCCAUACCAAACAGAACUUACUGAAAGGCUAACAGAUAUUAUUUAAGUACUUAGUUAUUUAAAAGCUCAACCCUGACAAGAAUAAUAAAUUUAGAGUAAAGAUGCAUCAAAAGUCAGUUGUGACUCUUUUUCCUUCACUAUCAACGCAAACUAUUUAAUAACGAAACAGGUUGCAUUUAUGACUUUACACUUUCAUUUAAUUUUAUAUGGAACUCAACACAAAAUAAGAUAUUCAUGAGAGUGCUGAAAUUUAAGUCAAGUUGGUUUUCAAUCAAAAUUACAAUAAAUAUUUAGGAGUAAUGAAAUACUUUAUAUGUAUGAUACUGUCAGAGAGUUAACAUUUACAUGUAUUGCAAUCAUGAAGAAAACCUCAAGAUUUAAACAGAGAAGUAUAGGCCUACUAUUGAGUCUGAUAGGUGUUUUUUAAAUUAUGUUCAUAUAUACGUGUCCAUGAACGAGGCUGUAAUAAGUAAAUAAUGGAACAUUUUGUAAGAAAAAAAAAUUCUCAUAAAGAGACUGCAGUGAUUACUGUGUAAUUUAAUUAAUUCCAAGAGAUUAUAGUCCCAAAUAACAUGUUUCAAAGAUCAACAGUCAAAAAGGAAUUACCUAGUGAAUAUUCUUCUGUUUUCUUAAAGCAUGCACUGGGGAUGAGAAAGUUUGUCAAUGAAUUUCAUAUAAUUUAUUACUGUCACAAAAUUUAAUUCCAAGAAACAGUGUUUGUGGCUUGAAAGAAAUUCACUGUCGAAAGUAUCUCGACAUGCUUCACAAAGUACCGUAGCUUAUUUAUAAAGGAAGUAAAAAAAAUGUAAAGCUGUCCCGCUUUACUCCAUGUAGGUGCUUGGGGGAAGAGGCGGUAUAACUCCUAUUCAUUCUUAAUCUCGGCACUAGACGGGGGUGAGUGGUCAGCGUCAUGCCCUGGUUGUGCUUUCCCUCCCCUCCCCCUGGUACCCAUUAGAUAGGAGGCUGGGUGGGCCCCAGAGCCAGUAUGGACGCAGAGGCUAGAGGAGAAAUCCUCUGCCCGUCAGAGAACGAACCCUGGUCAUCCAGUCUGUAGCUUAUGUAUGUAAAAUGCAAUAGUCAAUUUCCAUGAUGAAUAUCCCUCCAUGUCUUUAAAGAACUAAUGAGUACAAUAACACUGAUGUGACUUGAAAAAGAGUCACCGAAGCUUUCUGAACAACAUUAUGAGAAAUAUGUAAUCCAAAUUCUAAAUAGUGUAAAUAGCAUUAAGAUUGCUGUUCACAUAGAAAGAUACUGUAAGUAUAAGCUUUUACAAUGAGGGGAAAUUACACACAUUCUUACUGUUAGCCCAAGUAGAUUGUUUUGUUACAAAAUUUGGAAUGCAUGUAAAUUAGAUAAAUAUUUGUUAUCCAGGCCAAAUUACUGUUUAUUCUUGAAGAAAUAUUUGUAAGUUCAAUCUGGCAUUUCAACUUAACUCAUACCUCAAAAUAAAACGAUUAUUUGCAUUCCAUAUCACCACAUUAUUUUCUACAGACAGCGUAAGCACUCCUUACACUUGAAGGCUUUCAGAACAACCAAACGCGAUGAGCAUUGGCGAUAAUCAGUUCCAAUGAACAAAUGUAAUUGUUAAUGAAUUUACUUACUGACUUUAUAACUCUGCACAGAAAUUUUCCCUCACAAAAGUUUUGCAAACAAAAUAAAUAAUGACUGUUUUAUGUAUUACAUAACAACAAUACCUACAAGCACAAACUGUUCAUAUCUGGAGUUGACUAUGUAACAUGAAACAGUAAAAAUAAAGUGUAAUUACUGAAAAUAAA